AUUUUCUUUUCAAUAAGAGACUUUCAACUUCCUUGAAGGUGCAAGUCUUAGCCGCCAGAAUUGAAAUAUGAUUAAGCUCCACACCCACUAGUGUGCCUAUAUGAAUGAUUGUGGAUCCAACUGUGGUAGUGUGAGACAUGGAAGGAAUAAGGAGGAAAUGCAGUAGUUCUUCAUGGGCCUUCUGGGUGCUGAUCUUGCUGGGAAUGAUGUUAAUGGCGAGGGUGGUGGAAGGUGCAGACCUGAGUCCCAGCCAGUGUAAGCAGGAAAGACAGCUAGGCAUCAAUUCAUGCAAGGCAGUGGUGUUUGGGCAGCCUGCAUCGCCUGCGUGUUGCCAGCGCAUAAGGGUGAGCCACUGGGAGUGCGUAUGUCCGGCCUUCAACCCCAAGUUGGCCGCACUCAUAGACAUCAACAAGGCCAUCAAGAUCCUCCAAACCUGUGGAAGGAAGGUCCCUCAUCACUUCAAGUGUGGCAGCCUAUAUUUCCCAUGAACAUGUGUCUUGCUUCUACUGUGCUAAGAGAUAAGCUUCAUAUGGUUACAAGAUGUACACGUUUCAUAUGCUUAUUGGUUUUCUUCUAUUAUUGUUAGAAGAAAUGUUUACAAGAUGUACAAGUUAAAAAUUCCUUCUGAGAAAUGAAUAAUAAAUCCAAUUUAUGGUUGUGAUUGA